AUGAAUAAUAUCAACAACAUUAAUAACAUUAAUAACAUUAAUAACAUUAAUAACAUCAAUAACUCAAGCUCAUCUCCAGUCCUACCAAAUAACGACUUGAUAACCGAACAAGUCCAAGAUGGCCAUACUGGAGAAUUCAAACAAAUAACCUACAACAACUGCACAAUGGUCGGCCAUGGCUCGUUUGGUGUAGUCUUUCAAACCAAAAUCAUAAAUACAAACGAAAUAGUAGCCGUUAAAAGAGUCCUUCAAGACAAACGAUUCAAAAACAGAGAACUUCAAAUCAUGAAAUUAAUAUCUCAUAAAAACAUCAUCGACCUAAAAUACUUUUUCUACUCAACCACCAACAACGACGAACUAUACCUUAAUCUAAUCCUUGAAUUCAUCCCAGAAACAAUAUAUAAAACCUCCCACUUUUACUUGAACAAAAAACUAUCAAUGCCACUUAUCGAAAUCAAACUAUACAUCUAUCAACUCCUAAGAGCUCUCAACUACAUUCACCAAUCCAACAUCUGCCAUCGAGAUAUCAAACCUCAAAACUUGCUCGUAAACCCCUUUAAUCAUAUUCUCAAAUUGUGUGACUUUGGUUCCGCUAAAAUCCUCAACAUCAACGAGCCAAACGUAUCCUACAUUUGCUCCAGAUACUACAGGGCCCCUGAACUAAUCUUUGGCUCCUCAAACUACACCACAAAAAUCGACAUCUGGUCCGUGGGUUGUGUGAUGGCUGAACUAAUCCUUGGUCAACCUUUGUUUCCUGGUGAUUCUGGCAUUGACCAAUUGGUCGAAAUCAUCAAAAUCCUAGGUACUCCCACAAGAUUGCAAAUUAAAGCCAUGAAUCCCAACUACAUGGACCAUAAAUUUCCCCAAAUAAGACCAAUUCCCUUGAUUCGCGUGUUGAACAAACACCCAAACCAGUUUCCUCAAAUAACUCGAAACUACUCAAUAGACGAGUUUACAAUAAAACUAUUAUCCAGCUUCUUGCAAUACUCUCCAAUUGAAAGAAUAUCUGCCAUCGACGCAAUUUCUCUAGAGUUUUUUGACGAACUACGAAACAUCAACCUCAACGACUACAAAAUCCCCAACUCAAGAAAACUAUUGGAAAAUUAUAUUCCAACAAGACACUCGACCACUGGCCACCAUCCCUACCCAAACAUCACCCAGAUUAUGAAUAACUAUCCUGAUAAAGUCGAAUAUAUCAAAAUACCCGACUUGUUUGAUUUCGAUUCCUACGAAUUAAAGGACAAACCUCAUUUGAAGGCGAAAUUAAUACCAUCCGGGAAAAAAAAUAUUCAAUAA